AAAGUCCAACCUCCCCCUGGCUUUCGUCGUCCCAGCGAGGUUGACCCAGGCUGGGCGCCUCUAUAGGACGGCUCUCCGGGCUUCGAGAGACAGACAGAGAUGCAGCUAUUCCUUCUCCUGUUCCUGAUGCUGCUGGCCUCCAAUCCAGGGUCUUGGGCUCGAAAUGUGAGGCGCCAGAGUGACACCUGGGGCCCCUGGGGCGAAUGGAGCCCCUGCAGCCGGACCUGUGGAGGAGGCAUCAGCUUCCGGGAGCGCCCCUGCUACUCCCAGAGGAGAGACGGAGGCGCCAGCUGCGUGGGUCCCGCGCGCAGCCACCGUACCUGCCACACAGAGAGCUGCCCAGACGGCGUGCGGGACUUCCGGGCCGAGCAGUGCGCAGAGUUCGAUGGCACCGACUUCCAAGGUCGGCGCUACCGGUGGCUGCCCUACUACGCAGCUCCUAAUAAGUGUGAGCUGAACUGCAUUCCCAAGGGGCAGAACUUCUACUACAAGCACAGGGACGCCGUGGUGGACGGGACACCCUGUGAGCCUGGCCAGCCAGACAUCUGUGUGGACGGCGUCUGCCGAGUGGUUGGCUGUGACCACAAGCUAGACUCAACCAAGCAGGAGGACAAGUGUCUGCAGUGUGGGGGCGAUGGCUCUUCCUGCUACCCAAUCACAGGAACCUUUGAUGCCAAUGAUCUCAGCAGAGGUUACAACCAAAUCUUCAUCAUUCCUGCUGGGGCCACUAGUAUUCGCAUCGAGGAAGCUGCUGCCAGCAGGAAUUUCCUGGCCGUGAAGAGCAUCCACGGCGAAUACUAUCUCAAUGGGCACUGGACCAUUGAGGCAGCCCAGGCACUUCCAGUGGCCAGCACAGUCCUGCAGUACGAACGGGGUGUGGAGGGGGACCUGGCUCCUGAGCGGCUCCAGGCACGGGGCCCCACCUCCGAGCCCCUGGUCAUCGAGCUCCUCAGCCAGGAGUCCAACCCCGGAGUCCACUACGAGUACUACCUGCCCGCGAAUGAUCCCGGCCGUGGCUUCAGCUGGAGCCAUGGCUCCUGGGGUGACUGCAGCGCUGAGUGCGGUGGAGGUCACCAGUCCCGCCUGGUGUUCUGCACCAUCGACAACGAGGCCUAUCCAGACCACAUGUGCCAACACCAGCCUCGGCCGGCCCACAGACGGUCCUGCAACACGCAGCCUUGUCCGAAGACCAAGCGGAUCUCUUUCCUGCACCGGCCUGGAGCGUGGCGCCAUGCUGGGGCCCAACGUAUGUGUGGGAUCAGCUGGAAGGUAGGACCAUGGACUCCCUGCUCGGCCUCCUGUGGGGGUGGAUUCCAGUCUCGCUCUGUCUACUGCGUAGCCUCAGACGGGACUGGCGGCCAGGAAGCUGCUGAGGAGACCCAGUGUGCUGGCCUAGCAGGGAAGCCCCCGGCCACACAGGCUUGCAACGUGCAGCACUGUGCGGUCUGGAGCGUGGAGCCCUGGGGAGAGUGCUCGGUUACAUGCGGAACUGGCAUCAGGAAGAGGCGUGUCACCUGCCGAGGGGAUGGGGAGUCUGUGGUCCACGCCUCAGCAUGCUCCUUGCAAGACCAGCCAUCCCUCAUGGAGGCCUGUGUACAAGAGGCCUGCCCCGUGUUCCGUGGCCAGGCCUGGCAUGUCGGCCCGUGGAGUCUAUGCUCUAAAAGCUGUGGUUCAGGCAUUCGGAGACGGCAGGUCGUUUGUACCAUCGGGCCGCCUGGCCGCUGUGUGGACCUACAGUCGUCCAAGCCUGCCGAGGUAGAAGCCUGCAACAGACAGCCCUGCCAUCUUCCUCAGGAGGUCCCUAGUAUACAGGACUCAAGGACCCGCCCCUCAGACCUCAGGAGGCUUUCAGGCCCUCAAGUGUCCCCCGUCUCAGAUGCUAGAGACCAGCAGUGGGCUACCCUGGAGAGACCCAGGGCUCAGAGUGACCCCAGAGAGGGUCAGGACCCCCACCUGUCCUCUGCAGGCCAUAUCCCAACUCGACAGCAUCCUCUACGCCAGCCACCCCCGAGGCCUAGCUCAGGCCCCCAGCCGCCCCCGAGGCCUAGCUCAGGGCCCCGUGACUGCAGACACAGCCCUCAUGGGUGCUGCCCUGAUGGCCACACACCAUCUCUUGGGCCUCAGUGGCAAGGCUGUCCCUUGGCUGGGGCCUCAUGUCUUCAGAGCAGGUAUGGAUGCUGCCCUGAUGGGGUGUCUGCAGCUGAGGGGCCCCAACAAGCCGGUUGUACCAGGUCUCACAGCAGUGACAAUACUGGAAACAGGCCAGGGUCCAGGGCAGUAGCUUCCAGGAACCCCAAGGUCCACCAACCCCAGGCCCACGAAAGGGAGCCCAGUGAGUGUCGAAGCUCAAAGUUUGGCUGUUGCUAUGACAACGUGGCUUCUGCAGCCGGUCCCCUGGGGGAAGGCUGUGUGGGCCAGCCCAGCUAUGCCUACCCAGUGAGGUGUCUGCUGCCCAGUGCUCAAGGAUCGUGUGGAGACUGGGCCGCCCGUUGGUACUUCGUGGGGUCAGUGGGCCGGUGUAACCGCUUUUGGUAUGGCGGCUGUCACGGCAAUGCCAACAACUUUGCAUCGGAGCAGGAGUGCAUGAACAGCUGCUGGGGGCAGCAGGGGCCCCGCCGUCCUGAGGCGGGAGCUGCUGGACAUCGUGUCCACAUGGAUGGUGGCCAGCGCGGUCCUGGAGGCCAGCGAGAGCCCGAUCGGCACAGGGCAGGAGCCACAGUCCCGAGACUGCCCUCACCUUCUGGAAGCCCUUGGCGGGCAGAACAAGAGCCUGGGCCAGGGGAGGCGCCCCAUAUCCCAGCUCCUGGGAAACGGCCUGGGGGUCAGGAGGUGCGGCCCAGAGUCCCUGCACUGGAUAGAGAUGCUAGGCCAGCAGUGCCACCUGCGCAUAACCCCUCCCACAGGAUCAGCGUGGCCGGCUUGGAACCCUCCCUGGUACAGGCAGCUCCAGGGCAGGCAGUACAACUCUUUUGCCCUGGCAACAUUCCCCCGGAAUUCCAGGCAGGGUGGCAGAAAGAGGGCCGGCCCAUCUCCUCUAACAGGUACCAGCUACAGAGAGAUGGCUCCCUCAUCAUCAGCCCCCUGAGGCCAGAGGAUGCUGGCAUCUAUAGCUGUGGCAGCCACAGGCCAGGCCAUGAGCCCCAGAAGAUACAGCUUCGAGUCACAGGAGGUGACAUGGCAGUGUUGUCUGAGGGCCAGCCGAGGCAUUUCCCUGAGACCAGGAAUCCAGACCCUGGCCAUGGUCCUUGGAACCGUGGGCCAGGGGCAGAAGCUGGGGGCCAUGGGGGUCUCUCUUCCUCACACCCUAGGCCUGCCACCAGGUUACAUCUGGACCGGACUCAGCCUGGAGUGGUAGAUGCCAGCCCUGGCCAGCGGAUCCGGCUGACCUGCCGUGCUGAAGGCUUCCCAGUCCCCACCAUCAAGUGGCAAAGAGACGGCCAGCUGGUCUCUUCUCCCAGGCACCAAGUACAGCCUGAUGGCUCACUGGUCAUCAGCAGAGUAGCUGUGGAAGAUGGUGGCUUCUACACCUGUGUUGCUUUUAAUGGGCAGGACCGAGACCAGCGCUGGGUGCAGCUCAGAGUUCUGAGGGAGCUGACAAUCACAGGCCUGCCUCCUGCUGUGACGGUGGCAGAGGGUGACACUGCCAGGCUUCUGUGUGUGGUGGCUGGAGAAAGUGUGAACAUCAGGUGGUCCAGGAACGGGCUGCCGAUACAGGCUGAUGGCCACCGUGUGCACCAGUCUCCAGAUGGCACACUGGUGAUCCACAACUUGCGGCCCAGGGACGAGGGCUCUUAUACAUGCAGUGCCUUCCGUGGGAGCCAGGCUGUAAGCCGCAGCACCGAGGUGACGGUGGCCCUCCCAGCACCAGCCACACAGUCCAGGGACCUAGGCAAGGACUGCAUCGACCAGCCGGAGCUGGCCAACUGUGCAUUGAUCCUGCAGGCCCAGCUCUGUGGCAAUGAAUAUUACUCCAGCUUCUGCUGUGCCAGCUGCUCCCGCUUCCAGCCGAAUGCCCACCCUGUCUGGCAGCAGGGAUGAAGCUAGCUGUGGCGCCAGUUCUGGGGAGUGUGCUGGGGAGAAGGGAUGGUAAGACAUGGCUUGCAGACACUGCCCCUCUCACAAGUCCAGGGCUGAGCCCCAGCUGCUGCCAGUGCUAGCUGGCCUUCCCUGGAGAGCUCAGCAGGAUCUGUCUGAUAUGACCACAGGCUGCUGGGAAGAGCCUUACACCGUCCCUCUAUAGUUUCUGAUGCAUCGAGGACCCUUUAUCCAAAAUGCUUUCAACCAAGGUGUUUUAAACUUGUGUUUAUAGACUUUACUAAUUGAGCAUCCCUAACCUAAACUUCUGAAGCUUGAAACAUCCAAAUGUCAUGUCAGCCUUCAAAGUUGUCUGGGUUUCAAAGCACGUUUGAAUUUGGGUGAGGGAUGCUCACUUUGCACAGAGGAUCGAUCCACUUACCACACUGCAGAGCCAGCCAGUCGGUGGGAUGUCUGUGAUGGGAGUGUAGCUGCUCAGGCAGAGGUGAGCAGUCACUCAGGCUUUUCCAUCUUCCGAGGCAGCAUCAUGGUGCCUUCCACACCAUCACUGUGUGGAGCUCACAAUGUAAUGCUCAGGGAAGCACUUGAUAGCCUGAUAAUCUGUGUGUGAAUAAAACUGGGAAGGGGUCCCUGGAGGCAGGCUGGGAAGGUUCACUCCCGACACAGCCCAGCAGCAGAGAGCCAUGCUUCCUUAUAUAGGGACAAGUGGAGCAGCAUAUCUGUUCUGCUAGAGAAAAAUCCACAGUGGCUGGGGCUGGUGAGAUGGCUCAGUGGUGAAGGCACACACAGAGCAGAGCUGUGAAGUCUAGAUACUGACAGCUGGGGACAGCGGUGCAGGCCUACAAUCCCAGUGCUUGGGAGGCUGAUGCAGGAGUGCCAGUGUGAGCCAGCCUGGGCUGGAGUGAUUCAGUUUUAGAGUAAACAAGCACAGAGCCCAGCAUUAGCAAUGUGACAAUGACAGAGAGGCAGGGAUUUUAGUAGUCUGAGCUGCAGGAGGGCAUCCUUCAUCUUUUAGCAUCUCUGAUUUCUUAAUGCUCAAGGAACAGGCCUGGAUUUACUGAGCUUCCAGGGCUCUUCCCACUAACUUCUCUGACUCCUGGAAGAGCGUCUAGUAACAUAGGUCCCUAUGGGACCAACGUUCUGACACUGGCUGGAAUUCAAAGCUUCAUGUGUGAGUGCUGUCUCAGGCCAUUUUGCUCAAAAAGAGAGCUAAGGAAUAUCUGGGUGCCAGACAUUUCUGUUUGCAGGUGGGAGUAGGGGCUAAAUUGGGAGGUGAGGGAUAAACUGCUCUUGGUCAGGGGCUGAAUCUCAUUCUACACAGAGCACACAAGGAACUCCUUAGUCUAAACCACAGCUUGGUAACUUCCUGUCUCCCCAUUGAUAUUCUGACUUAAUUGGCCUUGUGAAUAGGCUGGAUAUUAUAGGUGAUGUGUAAACAUGCCUGUGUGUGCACUGAGGGAUCUCAUGAAAGCUUAAAACAUGCUCCACUGAGCUACACCUUAGGUAAUUCCAAUAUAUAGCCAAGACUGAGAAGCAGUGCUGUCAGGCACAGUGGCACACGCACACCUUUGAACCCAGCAGUUGAAAAACAGAGUUAGGUGGAUCUUGAGCUUGUAGCUCAAGGCCAGCUAGGGCUACAUAGUGAGACCCUGUUUCCUCAUGCACAGCCACACUCUACCCCUGGGCUGGGGCUAAGAGACUUUGGCUUCUUGGCAGUCCAUACUAUUGCUGUAGAUCAAAUUCUAAGCAUCAAGAUCCCAGUCACACCCCUGAAAUUUAAGGAUAUACUAAUCCUCCCAAAAGAUUUUAUAGUCACAAGCUAGAAAUGAGCAGUAGAAAGAGAAUUAGAUCAAAAACAGAACUAUAAAGUCAUUUGCAAAUAAGAACAGCCCUUCAUGGGCAAAAGCUCUACCACGAACAUUUAUUUUUGUUAAAGCAGAUUAUAAAUUCUCAUCAGUACAAAUAUAUAUAUAUGUAUAUAUAACUUACAUUUGAUUGUAAGGCCAACGUUCAAAAGUAAAAAUGAGAUGGGAUCUCACGUUGUUACCCACGGUCAAGUAGCUGCAACUGGCAUGGGACAUUCUGUUCAUGGUGGGGUAAGAAGGGGACACAGACACACAGAGCACAUAAAUCAGGAUCUCAUCCCUGUAAAACUUGUGGGAACAAAACUUCAAGGACAGAACCCAUUAAGACCCACAUUACAAACUAACACAAUAGCCCGUGUUCCCUUUUCUGGAUAAGAUUAUGUCAUUUUCACUGUAAUGCCAAAGGAUUAACAUAAGGAAAUUGCAAUGAUACAUAAAAGAUUCAACACACAUUCUCUAGAGUGUAGAUUGAUUCCAUUAAAAUGAUGACAUUAGAAUUUCACCAUAGGUUUAAAACCAGGACAACACUGCUCGUUCAUCUUAUUAAAGUUACUACCUAGUGACUGUACUGGUCAUCAGGAUGAUUGUUUUGCAAUGUGCUAGUUAACAAUGAAUGAUCACAAACAAGCCAGGGCUCCUGCCUACAACUUCCAACCCUUCCUCUUUUUUACUUCAAUAGGCAUCAAUGAUAAAUCAAUCUUAUGUACAAUUUCUUAUAUCUAACCCGCUCACUUUUGGCAAGAUUACUUACAACUUGAACAACUUUUUAAUAUUGAGAACUAUUUAAAAUAUUCUAGGUGCAUAAAAAUAAAGAUUUUGGCUUUUUUUGAUAUAUAUAUAUAUAUAUAUUUAUAAUAUUUAUUCUGUAACUCAAAAUGGAAGCUCAGCUUUAUCCCCAGACUACAGCUCUACUGGGCAGCUGCUGCCGUGCCCUCCUGUGAACCCAGCAGCAUGGCCUGCCUGGCUUCUCCUAGCCACACCGUUCCCCAUCCAGCGCUAACACAGCCCGGGACUGGGAGGAACGGGUGACCAGCCUGAAAAAUAAAGGGAGAUUGUUUUGUUUUGCU